AUGAUGGAUGAGAGGAGGACUAUCUUGAUGGGCCGUUAUGAAAUCGGGAAGCAAUUGGGACAAGGAACUUUUGCGAAGGUGUAUUAUGCCCGAAAUCUUGCAACUGGCCAAGCUGUUGCUAUAAAGAUGAUCAAUAAAGAUAAGGUUACCAAGGUUGGACUUAUCGAGCAGAUAAAGAGGGAGAUUUCAGUAAUGAGAUUGGUGAAGCACCCAAAUGUCCUGCAGCUUUUUGAGGUAAUGGCUACCAAGAGCAAGAUUUAUUUUGUAUUGGAGUAUGCUAAAGGUGGUGAGCUUUUCAACAAAAUAGUAAAGGAGGGGAAGCUUAAUGAGGAUGCUGCUAGGAGGUAUUUCCACCAAUUGAUCAGUGCUAUUGACUAUUGCCACAGCAGGGGUGUUUAUCACCGUGAUCUGAAGCCUGAAAAUCUACUCCUGGAUGAGAAUGAAAACCUAAAAGUCUCAGAUUUUGGUUUGAGUGCCCUGGCUGAUUGCGCGAGGCAGGAUGGUCUCCUGCACACCACAUGUGGAACUCCAGCUUAUGUUGCCCCUGAAGUGCUUAGCAGGAAAGGCUAUGAUGGUGCAAAAGCAGAUGUAUGGUCCAGUGGAGUAAUUCUGUUUGUGCUUGUGGCUGGUUACCUUCCUUUUCAUGAGGCAAAUCUGAUAGAGAUGUACAGAAGGAUUUCCAAAGCGGACUUCAAAUGCCCUCGGUAUUUUUCCGCUGAGCUGAAGGAGCUAUUACAUAAAAUCCUUGAUCCAGAUCCCAGUACUAGGAUUACAAUCUCUAGGAUAAAGAGAAGUGCUUGGUACAGAAGACCAGUUGAGGUAAAUGCAAAGAAAACCGAGCCUGAAGCAAAGCACAACACCUUUUCAGCUGAAGCUGCGUCGCCAGGCUCGACAGGAUGCAGCACUUCUGAGGGAAAUCAAGGGUCAUUAAGCCUCCCAAACCUGAAUGCAUUUGACAUCAUCUCUCUGUCAACAGGGUUCAAUCUAUCUGGGUUUUUUGAGGAUGAGUAUGGUCGCAGGGAAGAACGGUUUACCACUAGGCAGCCUGUAACAAUAGUACUUACAAAGUUGAAGGAACUGGCCAAACGCUUGAAGCUAAAAAUUAAGAAGAAAGAAAAUGGAGUCCUGAAGUUGGCUGCUCCAAAGGAAGGAAAGAAGGGGUUUCUCGAGCUUGAUGCCGAGAUUUUCGAGGUAGCCCCUUCUUUUCUCCUAGUUGAGUUGAAAAAGACUAAUGGAGACACUAUGGAGUAUCAAAAGCUGGUGAAAGAGGAAGUAAGGCCAGCACUCAAGGAUAUUGUAUGGGUAUGGCAAGGUGAUCAGCACCAUCGGUCAGAGCCGAUUCUGCAAGGGGAGCAACAUCAGUCACGGUCGCCAACACAGCAGCCACAUGAUGAGUUGCAACCACCAUUGCAACAGCAAGAGGGACAGGAUCAGUUGCACCCACCUUUACAACCACAGGAGCAGCAGGACUUGCAGGAACAACCACCAUUGCCACCACAGAAUGGCUUCAAACACCAAGAUUGA